UAUGGCAGCUCCCAGUGUAUUAACGGUGAACUAUAGCAGAAUACAGAUAUUAAUUCCAUGUUUUACACAUUGUCGACGAUCAAAGCGAUGGAUUAACCUGAAAACGGUCAACUGGAGAAGCCCUUUUUGUCAGUCACUGAAAAGACAUGUUGCCACAGUGGUCUCAGGGGCAGAACUUGCCCGCCAGAUUCAUAAAGAAGUCCAGAGUGAUAUAGCAAAAUUAGUGGCUGAAGGCAACAGAAGACCCCAUCUGAGUGUCAUCCUGGUGGGAGAUGACCACGCCAGCCACACUUAUGUGAGAAACAAAACCAGAACGGCUUCACUGCUGGGCAUGUCAAGCAGCACAAUCUUCAGGCCAUCAUCAGUAUCUCAGGAGGAGAUGCUGGAGCUGAUUGAUAAAUUCAACAGAGACAGAAACAUCAGUGGGUUGCUGGUCCAACUUCCUCUUCCAGAGCACAUCAACGAGAGAGCCAUAUGCAAUGCUGUCGCCCCAGAAAAGGACGUUGAUGGAUUCCACAUAGUAAACAUCGGGAAACUCUGCUUGGACCAGAGGUGCAUGAUACCAGCUACAGCCGCGGCAGUAUGGGAAAUCAUCAGAAGAACAGGACUUAAAACUGUUGGAAAAAAUGUGCUUGUUGUUGGACGCUCCAAGAAUGUAGGGAUGCCUAUUGCAAUGCUGCUGCAUUCGGAUAGAAAGCAUGAACGAUCUGGAGGUGAUGCCACUGUUAUAAUGGCUCAUAGAUGCACUCCUUUACCACGACUGAAAGAACUCGCCAGGCUGGCUGAUAUCGUGAUUGCAGCUGCAGGUGUGCCUCACUUAAUAACGGCAGAUAUGGUAAAAGAAGGAGCUGCAGUUAUCGAUGUCGGCAUAAACCGCAUGCUGGAUCCUGUCACUGGUAAAUCUCGUCUUGUUGGAGAUGUGGAUUUUGAAGCUGUGAAGGAGAAAGCUGGAUUCAUCACUCCUGUGCCUGGAGGAGUCGGACCAAUGACCAUCGCCAUGGUAAUGAAAAACACAGUCACUGCUGCCAAAAAUGCCCCAACAUACUGAACAAGCACAAAACCUGCUAUUAAACUGGAAAAGAUGCAAGCACUUGACGAAGUCUGGAUACUUUAAUUGGGAUUAUUUGUUCAUUUCCUGAUUAUAAACACAAGCCUCUGCAAGCUUCCCGUACAACUUCCUUUCCCUGCCCAUCAGCAAGCUGUAACAGGCUCUCUACCUGUUGUUGGCACGGCAACCAUGCGAGUCUAUGACAGUUAUUACACCCUAAUUCUUUUCUUACUUUGUCUUACUUAGUUCUCUUCUUAAAAAUUUGAUCGAUUCUAAGAAGCUGCUGCAUUUUGAACAGUGUUGGGUUAAGAAAAUAAGGUGGGUCUUGCUGUAUAAGGGUGGUGUUUCCUUCCUUACGAUGCCUCAUUGAAGUCGGAAGUCUUGCAUCAUUUUUACAGGAGAGUUUCGGUGGGACUUGACAGGUGGCUUCAUGGCAGAGUGAUAGCCGGUUCUCAGGUGUCUGAAGGAAGAAUUUUUGGACACUAAUGCAAACUAUUAAAGGACAUUCUGCUUUUCUCAGGAAAUUAAUUUGAUCUUCUGGUGCUGCUCAUAUGUUAGUCAGAAUUUUUUAAUUAUUUCAUUCAUUUAAAUGAAUGUACUGUAAUUUAAUCCAGCAAUGUUUUUGUGUGUAUUUAAAUUAUAUUUAUGUCAUAUUUUUAAAACUAUAAAUCUGAUUUGAAAAGGGUGUUUUCAAAAUCUGUUUAACACAGAAACUGCAAGAGAAUCAAAAGAAAAUAAAACUGUUAAAGGGGUAGUUCACCCACUCACUCAGAAAAAAAAUUACUUACUAUUUAUUCACCCUCAAGUGGUUCCAAAGCCUUAUGGGUUUCUUUAUUCUAUUAAACAUUGAAACCCGAAAACCUGUUACCAUUGACCUCAAAAAGGAAACCAAUACUAUGGAAGUCAAUGGUUACAGGUUCUCAGCUUUCUUGUGUUCAAAAGAAGAAAGGAAGUCAAACAGGUUUGGAACAAGUGAAGGGUGAGAAAAUAAUGACUUUUGAUGUUGGUUGAAUUAUCCCCUUGUUUCAAAUAGGCUUUCAGUAAGAUUUUUUUUGUGUCGUGCUAAACUUGUCCAUGAGUUUUACAAAUUCUCACCAAGGUUUUUUUUAUGUGUUUGCAUGGCGAGUGCCAAAACCUUUACCAAGCUGCUUUUCCACUAUCGUGCCGUAUCAGGAACAUUUAGGUAUGAUUCCAGUUGUUUCCUUGUGAGCCUGGAAUGGUGUGGCACAAUUACAAACCGCUCUCGGCUCGGCAUUCUAGGCAUGGUAAGACAACUGUGCUGAAACAUGCUUGGCUUGUAGAGCAUAUGAUGUUGCAAAUUUUUUGCCUGACUGCAAGUUACUCCCUACCGACAAGGCGGAAAAGCACUAUUUAUUUAUUUAAUUUAUUAUUUACUUAUUUGUUUGUUGUUUGUUAUUGUUAUUAAAUGAAGUAAUUAUUAGAAAAUAGGAGUCCCAAAACAGAAAUAUUUGGUCAUCAUCCAUAUCACUUGUUUACAUUACACAAGGCAACAUCGGCCACAUUUGUAUUACAUUCCAUAGAGUGCCGUUAUCAACACAACACUGGAAGGUGAAAGCGUUUCUGUGCUGACUGGGCUGGAUCCACACAGAAUGGACAGGUUAAGCAAACAGAACCGUUCAGCCCGAUAGUGGAAAAGCAAAACAAGAAUGUUACAUUUUUGCACCAGAGGUUUAAAAGUUUAAAAGAGGUUUAAAAAUGGCAAGAAAACACU